AUGGGGGAGAAGGUCCAAGUGGUGCAGUGUUGCGUGUGGCUGCUGCUGUGGUUCGGCGGAGGGACGCUUGGACAGCCUCUGGAGUGCAGGGCUGGAGCGGACGUCGGCAGACGCUGCGCAUCCAUCCCUCUGGACAAGCUGCUGGAGCGGGUGGUCCAGCACGCCGAGCUCAUCUACCGGUUGUCCGAGGAGUCCUGCGCUCUUUUCGAGGAGAUGUUCAUCCCUCUCGCAGUACGCACCCAGCACAUCCGCGGCGGGAACACAUGCACCUCCCCGGCUUUCUCAGUCCCGGGGUCCAAGGGUGAAGUGCAGCAGAUCUCCGACAAGUGGCUCCUCCACACGGUUCUUAUCCUCAUCCAGUCAUGGAUCGAACCGUUGUUCACUCUGCAGGACACGCUGGACCGCUAUGACAAUGCACCCAAUGUCCUUCUCAACAAAACCAAGUGGGUGUCCAGCAAGUUGGUGAGCCUAGAGCAAGGUGUGACAGUGCUCAUCCGGAAGAUGCUGGAUGAGGGCGCCCUAACCAUGGAGAGCCACCAGAGUUGGAUGAUUGAGUCCAGCGAGCCGGCAGAUAUGGUGGAAUCGGUCACAAAAGACUACGCCGUGCUCACCUGCUUCAAGAAGGAUGCUCACAAGGUGGAGACCUUCUUGAAGCUGCUCAGGUGUCGCCAGACGCAGGGCCUCAGCUGCUUCCCCAUUUAA